AUGAAGAAAUCUAGCUCAGCCCUUAAUGGAAACCUACCCCAGAAAACUCCAAAGAAUCAGCCAGUUUUAUCUCCUAAACCAAGACCAUCAACUGGAAAGCCAAACAAAAGUAUUGAAAACGAAAAAAAAUUUGAUGAUGUCUCAGUUUCUAUUAAACAUCUUUCUCUUUGAAAUGACGAAUUAGAAACUUUAAAUAAAGAAAAAGAAACAAUCAUAAAAUACAAUGAAGAAUUAACUUAUCUCUCUGUGAGCGAACAAAAUCACUAUAUGAGCUAACACAAAAGUUUUUUAAUAGAAAAAAUUUUAUAAACAAAAAGUUUUGAUAUAUAAGUGAUAUUUAUUAUAUUAAAUCUCUGCUAAUUCUAUUUAAUUUUAAACAAAACAUAAAUUUUACAAAUUAUAUUAUUGCUUGCUUCCAAUUGGGUAUUUUAUUUCUAAAAAAAUUACUAUAUAAAAUUUAUAUAUAAUUUUUUUUUAAAAAUUUAACGCUUUGUAAACAAGAUUUUUUUGUUCUCUCACGGAGAAGAGUAAGGAAGUGCAUCAGCGAGUGUUCUCAAGACGAAAAAAAUCUUAAUUCCCUCUGUGGGUUUUAUAUGGAAUUAAUGAACUUUUUUAUAGUUAUUUUUAUUUUAUUAAAUAAUUUUUAUUAUAAAGUUAGAAGGAAUCAUGAAAGACUUCAUAAUGAUUCUUUAAGCGUCAAUAAAACAACAAGAAGAUUUGAAACAGAAAAAAUGCAAUAUUUAAGAGAAACUAGAGAAAUCAACACAGAAAUUGCCAAUCUUGAAGAAUCAGUCAGCAUUUCUGAAAGAAACCGUGAAAAAGUGCUAACUCCCCCCCCCCCUCCGUGAGUGAACAAAAAAAUUUUGUUCACUCACGGAGGGGGGGUAAAUUUUUUUUUUUAAAAAAAUUUAUAUAUAAAUUUUAUAAAAAAUAUUUUUUUCGAAAUUUAAAAAAAUUCUGAUUCGCAAAAAUUGGAAAGCAAAUAUUAUAAAAUUAUGUUUUAAAAAGCAAUUCGUUUAAAAUUAAACAGAAUUAGCCCUAGAUUUCAUAAUGCUAAUUAUCAUUUAUAUAUCAAAAAUUUUUUCCAUAAAAAAAUUUUUCUAUUAAAAAAAUUUUUGUUCACUCACGGAGGGUGGGUUUUUGGGCAAAAAAUAGGGAUUUUUCUAAUGGUUUUGUUCACUCACGGAGGGGGGGAGUAAAUAAAGUCAAAAAGCAGGAAUCUACUGUAAAAGAAUUAGAAGAUAUUAUAAGAAAAAUGAGAAGAGAAAUCCAGAUUCAAGAAAAAGAAAGGGAUAAUUUUAAAACAGAAUCUCAAAAACUGCAAAAACAAAUCCAGCAUCUUCAAGAAAAAGCAGAUAAUCUGAAAUCAGCCAAUUCGAACUUUAUAGUCCAAGUCCAGAGACUUACAAAAGUUUCUAGGUAA